UCUCUCUUUUACCGGAGGCCGAGCCGCGGCGCGUGGUGGUAGAGGGACAUCAAAGGGAGGCGCGUGCUGCUCGGUCCGGUCCGCACGAGCGCCUCUGGACCGUGUGUGUGUGUGUGGGUGCGUGCGCGUGCAUAUCUCUAUAUAUGUGCGUGUCGUGUGGUUUGCGCGUGAACCGGCUGAUUGAAAGCGCGAGCAGGCCGAGCGCGAGAGGCAGGAACCGACAGGACGCGACCCGCGAGCUCAGCUACAAGCGACCGACCCACCGGGAGGAGACAUGGUCCGGUCCACACCGGGAGGAGACGUGGCCCCGUCCACCCCGGGGAUCCUCCUGCUGCUGCUCCUGUGUCUCCACAGCACCGGCACCGUGCACGGUACGAAGACAGAAUGUGAGGCCAGCCAGUUCCAGUGUGGAAACGGCCGCUGCAUCCCGUCCAUCUGGCAGUGCGACGGAGACGAGGACUGCGCCGACGGCAGCGACGAGAGCUCCUGUGUUAAGAAGACGUGUGCAGAGGUGGACUUUGUGUGUCAGAACGGCCAGUGUGUCCCGAAGAGGUGGCACUGCGACGGGGAGCCGGACUGCGAGGACGGGUCGGACGAGAGUCUAGAAAUCUGCCACAUGAGGACGUGUCGCGUGAACGAGUUCAGCUGCGGAGCCGGAUCCACCCAGUGUAUCCCCGUCUUCUGGAAAUGUGACGGAGAGAAGGACUGUGACAACGGAGAGGAAGAGGUCAACUGUGGUAACAUCACCUGUGCUCCGAACGAGUUCACGUGUGCCAGCGGCCGCUGCAUCUCACGGAACUUUGUGUGUAACGGCGAGGACGACUGCGGCGACGGCUCCGAUGAGGUGGAGUGCGCGCCGUCCUCCUGCGGCCCCAGCGAAUUCCAGUGUGGGAACUCCUCGUGCAUCCCGGCCAGCUGGGUGUGCGACGACGACGUGGACUGCCAGGACCAGUCGGACGAGUCCCCGUCUCGCUGCGGCCGUCACCCGACGCCGCCGGCCAAGUGUUCGUCCAGCGAGAUGCAGUGUCUCACAGGGGAGUGCAUCCACAAGAAGUGGAGGUGCGACGGAGACCCCGACUGCAAGGACGGCAGCGACGAAGCAAACUGUCCUGUACGCACAUGUGGAUUGGAUCAGUUCAAGUGUGAUGAUGGAAACUGCAUCACAGGCAGUCGACAGUGUAACGGAGUCCGAGACUGCGUCGAUGGAUCCGAUGAAGCCAACUGCAAAAACAUGACUCAGUGUAACGGACCGGACAAGUUCAAGUGUCGCAGCGGGGAGUGCAUCGAGAUGAACAAGGUGUGCAACAAGGCCCGAGACUGUCCCGACUGGAGCGACGAGCCCAUCAAGGAAUGCAAUGUAAACGAGUGUCUCAUGAAUAACGGCGGCUGCUCACACAUCUGUAAAGACAUGGUGAUCGGCUUCGAGUGCGACUGCUCGCCUGGACUGCAGCUCAUCGACCACAAGACCUGCGGAGACAUCAACGAGUGUGUGAACCCCGGCAUCUGCAGCCAGAUCUGCAUCAACCUGAAGGGGGGGUACAAGUGUGAAUGCCACAACGGCUACCAGAUGGACCCGACCACCGGAGUGUGCAAGGCCGUUGGGAAGGAGCCCUGCCUCAUCUUCACCAACCGGCGGGACAUCCGGCGCCUGGGUCUGGAGAGGAAGGAGUACACUCAGAUCGUGGAGCAGCAGAGAAACACGGUGGCUCUGGACGCAGACUUCAACCAGCAGACCAUCUUCUGGGCCGACCUCGGCCACAAGGCCAUAUACAGCACCAUGCUGGACAGACGAGGGGACGUCGGCACCCACAUCAAAGUGAUAGACAACGUCCAGACCCCCGUGGGAAUCGCCGUGGACUGGAUCUAUAAGAACCUGUACUGGUCUGAUCUCAGCACCAAAAGCAUCUCGGUUUCCAACUACAACGGAACCAAGCAGAAGGUUCUGUUCAGCCGAGGCCUCAAAGAACCGGCGUCCAUCGCCGUGGAUCCGCUGUCUGGGUUUCUUUACUGGUCUGACUGGGGCGAACCUGCCAAGAUUGAGAAGUCUGGUAUGAACGGCGUGGACAGACAGGUUCUGGUGGCGAACGACAUCCAGUGGCCUAAUGGAAUCACUCUGGAUCUGAUCAAAGGCAGGUUGUACUGGGUCGACUCGAAGCUGCACAUGCUCUGCAGCGUCGACCUGAACGGAGACAACAGGAAGAAGAUACUGCAGUCCUCCGACUACCUGGCGCAUCCCUUCGCUCUCACGGUCUUUGAGGAUCGAGUUUUCUGGACCGACGGUGAAAACGAAGCCAUCUACGGUGCGAACAAGUUCACCGGCUCCGACGUGGUGACGCUGGCCAGCAACCUGAACGACCCCCAGGACAUCAUCGUCUACCACGAGCUCAUCCAGCUGUCGGGUACAAACUGGUGCUCAGAAAGAGGAGAGAACGGCGGCUGUAGCUACAUGUGUCUGCCGGCACCGCAGAUCAACAAGCACUCGCCCAAGUACACCUGCGUGUGUCCGGGGGGGCAGGAGCUGGCUGCUGACGGCCUGCGCUGCCGACCCGACCCUCCUCCUAAAGGUCCCUCAAAGGAUGAUGGGAAAGCUCUGGUGCAGCCGCCGCCAGAAGCCAACGUGAGCACGUCGAUCCAGUUGAACUCCACAGCCAGAGGUUCUGCAGCAGCCUGGGCCAUCCUGCCCGUCUUGCUGCUGGCGAUGGCGGCGGCGGGCGGGUACCUGAUGUGGAGAAACUGGCAGCUGAAGAACCAGAAGAGCAUGAACUUCGACAACCCCGUCUACCUGAAGACCACAGAAGAAGACCUCAACAUCGACAUCACCCGGCACGGCGCCAACGUGGGACACACCUACCCUGCGAUUUCCAUCGUGAGCACAGAAGAUGAUUUGUCCUGAUCGUCUUGUUUUUUUUGUUGUUUUUUUGUUGUUUUUGUUUUUUGCGGCAGCCCGCAACGGUGCAUGGCGCCUCCUUGUUGCCAUGCCGACGGGUGUCUGUAGCAGCCCUUACAGUACGACCACAUGCCUUCUGAAGUGCAUUAAGUCAUCACCUGUGCUGAGGAUGACCGGUGGAAGUGUUACUAAUGUGAAUACAACGAUGAAUCAUGACGGACUUCACUCAGUGCUACGUUAUUUUUUUUUUGUUUGUUCGGAGCUUGGACGACCUCCUGUCUAUUUUUGCCCCCGUGCUCUUACAGGAGUCCGACGCCAUCUUGUCAGCGACAGACGAGAGAGACUCUUUGCCUCUUUAACGAGGAUUUCUGUGUUCGGACUGAACAGCGCGCUGAGCCGCUCGGCAGGACAGGAUCUGAAACCGGAUCCGAGCUCCUCGUACCCGACACGACGUGCGUUCGACGCCGGCGGGCGAGCGGAGGGUCAGGGGGUCGUGCAGGAACGAGGCUUCUCUGGAGAAACCGUCGUCCAAACGUCAUUUCUUGCCUCCUCUGAUCCCACCGGCUCAGAUGUUUGUAUAUUUAUGUUCGAUCAGUAAAUCUAAAAAAUGUACAUGUUUUUUUUUGUUUUGUUUAUUUUUAUUUCUGCUUUUCUACAGUACCUCCUGAAACUCAUUUUUACUAUUAUAUUAUUAUUGUUGUAGAAGCUGUGUACGGAUCACCAUGGUUACAGCAUUUGUAAACACUGUACAUAUGAAUUCAUCCAAUCAGGACUCUUCAAUGCACUUUGAUCAAAUGUUCUCGUGUAAAUAAGAUUGUAUACAUUUGACUUGAAAUCCACUUUUUGCUAAAGUCGGGCAUCGUACCAGGGUCACAGUUACAGAAGAGACGUAUUUAACAAGAAAGAAAAACCUUAAAAAUGACAAAAAAAAAAAUGAAAUCAACACAAUUAGAAUUUGCUAAAACUAUUUUGUAUGUUUGUGCUGUUGCUGUGAAUUUUUUCUAGACUUGUACAGUGAAGGGGAAACGUUAUUAAGAACUUAAGAGCUCUGUAUCUGUGAGGAAACCGAUUUGCAAAUCCCUGCAGAAUAAAGUCUGAUGCACAACGUUGUUCAGAA